AGGGGCCUGCCUCCUCCCUCCUCUCCGGGAGGCAUCACGUCGUCCCGACCCAGAGGAGGACGCGAGCCCCUCGCCGGCGGUCAUCAGAGCCCAGCAUCAGGGCUGCCACCGCGCGCCGCCGGGCCAUGCGCCCUCGGUUCUCGCGUCCUCCGUGCGCCGCAGGGAUGGGGCCCAUCCGACCUGCCCUCUCGCCCUGGCCUCGUCACCUGCUGCGCUGCUUCUUGCUUCUCGGGGCACUGCAUCUCGGCCACCCGGGGGACGCCGCCACUGCCCCCGCCGCCCUCCCGGAACCUGAUGUCUUCCUCAUCUUCAGCCAGGGGAUGCAGGGCUGUCUGGAGGCCCAGGGUGUGCAGGUCCGAGUCACCCCAGUGUGCAACGCCAGUCUCCCAGCCCAGCGCUGGAAGUGGGUCUCCCGGAAUCGACUCUUCAACUUGGGUUCCAUGCAGUGCCUGGGAACAGGCUGGCCGGUCGCCAACACCACGGUUUCCCUGGGCAUGUAUGAAUGCGACCGAGAGGCCCUGAGUCUUCGCUGGCAUUGCCGUACACUAGGGGACCAGCUGUCCCUGCUUCUGGGGGCCCGUGCUGGCAAUGCAUCCAAGCCUGGCGCCCUUGAGCGUGGUGACCAGACCCGCAGCAGCCAAUGGAACAUCUAUGGCAGUGAGGAGGACCUGUGUGCUCGGCCCUACUAUGAGGUCUACACCAUCCAGGGAAACUCCCACGGGAAGCCGUGCACCAUUCCCUUCAAAUACGACAAUCAGUGGUUCCAUGGCUGCACCAGCACUGGCCGGGAGGAUGGGCAUCUGUGGUGUGCGACCACCCAGGACUACGGCAAAGAUGAGCGCUGGGGAUUCUGCCCCAUCAAGAGUAACGACUGUGAGACUUUCUGGGACAAAGACCAGCUGACUGACAGCUGCUACCAGUUUAACUUCCAAUCCACGCUGUCCUGGAGGGAGGCCUGGGCCAGCUGCGAGCAGCAGGGUGCCGACCUGCUGAGUAUCACGGAGAUCCACGAGCAGACCUACAUCAACGGGCUCCUCACUGGCUACAGCUCGACACUGUGGAUUGGCCUUAAUGACUUGGACACCAGUGGAGGUUGGCAGUGGUCAGACAACUCGCCCCUCAAGUACCUCAACUGGGAGAGUGAUCAGCCGGACAACCCAGGUGAGGAGAACUGCGGGGUGAUCCGCACCGAGUCCUCGGGUGGCUGGCAGAACCAUGACUGCAGCAUCGCCCUACCUUAUGUUUGCAAGAAGAAGCCCAACGCCACAGCCACAGCCGAGCUUAUCCAGCCAGACAGGUGGACCAACGUCAAGGUGGAGUGUGACCCCAGCUGGCAGCCCUUCCAGGGCCACUGCUACCGCCUGCAGGCUGAGAAGCGCAGCUGGCAGGAGUCCAAGAGGGCGUGUCUACGGGGUGGGGGUGACCUGCUUAGCAUCCACAGUAUGGCUGAACUGGAGUUCAUCACUAAACAGAUCAAGCAAGAGGUGGAGGAGCUAUGGAUUGGCCUCAAUGACUUGAAACUGCAGAUGAAUUUCGAGUGGUCCGACGGGAGUCUCGUGAGCUUCACCCACUGGCACCCCUUUGAGCCCAACAACUUCCGUGACAGCCUGGAGGACUGUGUCACCAUCUGGGGGCCGGAAGGACGCUGGAAUGACAGUCCCUGCAACCAAUCCUUGCCAUCCAUCUGCAAGAAGGCAGGCCGGCUGAGCCAGGGUGCUGCUGAGGAGGACCACGGCUGCCGGAAGGGUUGGACGUGGCAUAGCCCAUCCUGCUACUGGCUGGGAGAGGACCAAGUGACCUACAGUGAUGCCCGGCGGCUGUGUACCGACCAUGGCUCUCAGCUGGUCACCAUCACCAACAGAUUUGAGCAGGCCUUCGUCAGCAGCCUCAUCUAUAACUGGGAGGGCGAGUACUUCUGGACAGCCCUGCAAGACCUCAACGGCACGGGCUCCUUCCGCUGGCUCAGUGGGGAUGAAGUCAUAUACACCCAUUGGAACCGAGACCAGCCUGGGUACAGGCGUGGGGGCUGUGUGGCUCUGGCCACGGGCAGUGCCAUGGGACUAUGGGAGGUGAAGAACUGCACGUCAUUCCGGGCUCGCUACAUCUGCCGGCAGAGCCUGGGCACGCCGGUGACACCAGAGUUGCCCGGGCCGGAUCCCACACCCAGCCUCACUGGCUCCUGUCCCCAGGGCUGGGCCUCAGACCCCAAACUUCGACACUGCUAUAAGGUGUUCAGCUCAGAGCGGCUGCAGGAGAAGAAGAGCUGGGUCCAGGCCUUGGGGGUCUGCCGGGAGUUGGGGGCCCAGCUGCUGAGUCUGGCCAGCUAUGAGGAGGAACAUUUUGUGGCCAACCUGCUCAACAAAAUCUUUGGUGAGUCAGAGCCUGAGAACCAUGAACAGCACUGGUUUUGGAUUGGCCUGAACCGCCAAGAUCCUCGGGAGGGUCAGAACUGGCGCUGGAGCGAUGGUCUAGGGUUUUCCUACCACAAUUUUGACCGGAGCCGCCAUGACGAUGAUGACAUCCGAGGCUGUGCAGUGCUGGACCUGGCCUCCCUGCAGUGGGUGGCCAUGCAGUGCCAAACACAGCUUGACUGGAUUUGCAAGAUCCCGAGAGGUGUGGAUGUGCGGGAACCAGAUGCUGGUCCACAAGGCCGGCUGGAAUGGCUGCGCUUCCAGGAGGCGGAAUAUAAGUUCUUUGAGCACCACUCGUCGUGGGCGCAAGCACAGCGCAUCUGCACAUGGUUCCAAGCAGAGCUGACCUCCAUUCACAGCCAAGCAGAGCUGGACUUCUUGGGGCAAAACCUACAGAAGUUCUCCUCAGGCCAGGAGCAGCACUGGUGGAUCGGCCUGCACACCUCGGAGAAUGACGGACGCUUCAGGUGGACAGAUGGCUCUGUUAUAAACUUCGUCUCUUGGGCACCGGGAAGACCUCGACCCAUCGGCAAGGAAAAGAAGUGUGUGUACAUGACAGCCAGCCAAGAGGACUGGGGGGACCAGAGAUGCCACACAGCCUUACCCUACAUCUGUAAGCGCAGCAACAGCUCGAGAGAGACUCAGCCCCCAGACUUGCCACCUUCAGCCCUAGGAGGCUGCCCCACUGGCUGGAACCAGUUCCUUAACAAGUGUUUCCGAAUCCAGGGCCAGGACCCCCAGGACAGGGUGAAAUGGUCAGAGGCACAAUUCUCCUGUGAACAGCAAGAAGCCCAGCUGGUCACCAUUGCAAACCCCUUAGAGCAAGCCUUCAUCACAGCCAGCCUCCCCGGUGUGACCUUUGACCUUUGGAUUGGCCUGCACGCCUCACAGAGGGACUUCCAAUGGAUUGAACAGGGACCUCUGCUGUAUGCCAAUUGGGCGCCAGGAGAACCCUCCGGCCCCAGCCCUGCUCCCAGUGGUACCAAGCCGACCAGCUGUGUGGUAGUCCUGCACAGCCCCUCAGCCCACUUCACCGGCCGCUGGGAUGAUCGGAGCUGUACGGAGGAGACGCACGGCUUCAUCUGCCAGAAGGGCACAGACCCCUCCCUGAGCCCAUCCCCAGCAGCAACACCCCCUGCCCCUGGCACUGAGCUCUCCUACCUCAACGGCACCUUCCGACUGCUGCAGAAGCCACUGCGCUGGCAAGAUGCCCUCCUGCUGUGUGAGAGCCGAAAUGCCAGCCUGGCAAGUGUGCCUGAUCCCUACACCCAGGCCUUCCUCACACAGGCUGCCAGAGGGCUGCGGGCGCCACUGUGGAUUGGGCUGGCCAGUGAGGAGGGCUCACGGCGGUAUUCCUGGCUCUCAGAGGAGCCUCUGAAUUAUGUGGGCUGGCAAGAUGGGGAGCCUCAGCAGGUGGGAGGCUGUGCCUACGUGGACGUGGAUGGGACGUGGCGCACCACCAGCUGUGACACCAAGCUGCAGGGGGCAGUGUGCGGGGUGAGCAGGGGGCCCCCUCCUCCCCGAAGGAUAAGCUACCGCGGCAGCUGUCCUCAGGGGCUGGCUGACUCGUCCUGGAUUCCCUUCAGGGAUCAUUGCUAUGCCUUCCACAUGGAGCUGCUGUUGGGCCACAAGGAGGCGCUGCAGCGCUGCCAGAAAGCGGGUGGGACCGUCCUGUCCAUUCUUGAUGAGAUGGAGAAUGUGUUUGUCUGGGAACACCUGCAGACCUUUGAAGCCCAGAGUCGAGGAGCCUGGUUGGGCAUGAACUUCAACCCCAAAGGAGGCAUGCUGGUCUGGCAAGAUAACACAGCCGUGAACUAUUCCAACUGGGGACCCCCUGGCCUGGGCCCUAGCAUGCUGAGCCACAACAGCUGCUACUGGAUCCAGAGCAGCAGCGGGCUGUGGCGCCCCGGCGCCUGUACCAACAUCACCAUGGGGGUUGUGUGCAAGCUCCCCAGAGCGGGAGAGAAGAGCUUCUUGCCAUCAGCAGCGCUUCCUGAUAACCCAGUGACCCUGGUAGUGGUGCUGAUAGCUGUGCUGUUCCUCCUGGUCUUGGGGACGGCAGCCUUCUUCCUGUACCGGCGUCGACAGAGCAGAGAACGUGGGUCCUUUGAAGGGGCCCGCUACAGCCGCAGCAGCUCUGGCCCAGCAGAGGCCACUGAGAAGAACAUCCUGGUGUCUGAUAUGGAAAUGAAUGAGCAACAGGAAUAGAGCCAAGGGCAUGGUCAGGGUGGGGCUGGAGCUGGGGAGGCAGGGAUUUGGGUUAACAGGUCCCCAUCGCCCACCAGUCCCGUUGGUCUGUGGAUCCAGGGGCUGAGCAUGCAAUGGGGUGUGAGUACCCAGCCUCCCACAGACGCUAGGCCAAGACCUGGCUGAGCGCAGCGGGGCAUUUUCCCUUUCUCCUGGUCCUGGGACCUUGUCACCUGGGCCUGGACCCCCGUGGUAACUGGAGGCAUCACGAGAAGGGAAACAAGAACUUAUUUCUGCCUCUUUCUUCCCAGAUCUCUGAACCUAAGCCUGUUGACCCACAGCCUAGGACUCUUUCCUGUUUGCAGACCUGGAAAGCCUGCCGUCCCUUAGGGCGGCUCUCUGUCGCUUCUCUCUUCCUGCUUGAUAACAUCAUUUCUGUCUCCUUACCUUGUCCUCAUGCCUGUUCUUACCCAGUGCCUCUUUCUGAGCCAAGGCCCUGGGAUCUUUGUGUGUGUGUGUGGGGGGGGGGAAUCCUCUCUCUC